AUGGAUCACUCGCGCGACCCGUGUCCCUGGGUGAUCCUCAAUGACUUCGGCGGUGCCUUUGCUAUGGGCGCUGUCGGAGGCGCAGUAUGGCACGGUGUCAAAGGUUUCCGCAACUCGCCCUACGGCGAGCGACGCAUUGGCGCCAUCACAGCAAUCAAAGCCCGCGCACCCGUUCUCGGUGGCAACUUCGGCGUCUGGGGAGGCCUGUUCAACACAUACGAUUGCGCUGUUAAGGGAAUACGGAAGAAGGAGGACCCUUGGAAUGCCAUCAUUGCAGGCUUCUUCACCGGAGGAUCGCUCGCUGUACGAGGAGGUUACCGAUCCAUGCGCAACGGCGCAAUCACAUGUGCCAUCCUACUGGCGGUCAUCGAAGGCGUUUCGAUUGGAUUCAACCGCAUGAUGGCCGACAACACGAGGCUGGAUGCUCCACCACCACCGCCUACCGAUGUCGGUGCAGGAGCGGGCGGGGGCGGCCCCAUGGCUGUGGCCGCGUAG